AUGGAAACCUGUCUUUCAGCUGCACACAAGCUCGUCGACGACAAGUUGGUACUUCUCUCAGAGCUACCCGCAGUCCAGCUUCCCCUACCAUCUCAUGACGACUACAAGUACAGCUUUCCAUCUUUGCAGAGAAUCCGAUCGCCGUCGCCUACCUCGAUCGAAAGCGAUGCCUCGGUAACUAGCAGCUUCACAAACACUUCAAGCACCGCAUCCGUUCACACUGUGCCAUCAGCACCUCGUAAUGUUGCUACGACGCUUACAAAGUCCAAGGUUUUAGAAGCGAAGCGAGUGUCUUCGACGUCCAAGGCAUUUGAGCCAGGAUACACACAGACCAACCUUUCGAAUCAGGACAAGCUGGUGCGUGGUGGAAAAACAAAGCUCGACCAUCUUCAGUACAACUACACUGAACGCAGGUUCAAGAGUCCUGCCGGAAACGUGAUAAACCUUCAACACGAGCAGUACGCGCUCACAUACGGGAUGAUGUGCGGCAUUCGAGACUCAGCUGGUCUCCAGAAACCGUUCAAGCAGCGAUUGACGGUGAAUGACUUCAUGCGCGUCGACAAGAAGGUUUUUCGUGCUAACGCUCGUCUUCAGCAUGGGUUCAAGUUCAAAGACUACUCCCCAGACGUAUUUCGCCAAGUACGUCGCCGUUUCGGAAUCGACUCAGCAGACUACAUGCUCACCCUGAGUGGAGACUUUAAUUUCAUCGAGUUCAUGUCGAACUCCAAGUCGGGUCAGUUUUUCUUCCACUCGCACGAUGGGCGCUUCAUGAUCAAGACGCAGACCAAGGACGAUUCCAAGUCCCUCCGACGUCUCCUUCCCCAUUAUUACAAAUUCGUGAUGGAGAACCCCAACACACUCAUCACGCGGUUCUAUGGCAUGCAUCGCGUCCAGAUGCACCACCUGCGGAGGAAAAUGCACUUUGUUAUCAUGGCCAGCGUUUUCAACACGUCACUAGAGAUCCACGCUCGCUUCGACCUCAAAGGCUCGCGUAUUGGACGGUGCGCCUCAGCAAAGGAGUAUGAACAUGGGAGUACAUGUGUCUUGAAAGACAACGAUCUGCUCGACAAGGGCUUUCGCCUUCGUAUGAGCACCGCCCAGCGCGCUAUUUUCAUCGCCCAACUACGCAAAGACGUCGGCUUCCUGAAACGCAUGAAAAUAAUGGACUAUAGUAUCCUCGUUGGCGUACACGACUCGAGUUAUGAAGGACGGAACGAUCUGUAUACUAGCACCCGAGCGAGCGACAGCUUCGAGAGUGUCACGUCACAACAAGAAGGUAGUAGCGGGUCGUUGUCCGCUUCAUCUGCUGCCUUCGAGCUCAAUUGUGUGCAGAUGCGGUCGUGUCGCUCAAAUUCCAUGCCAGAACGAGAUGCCGUCAAGCUGCAGCUACCAUUGACUCUCGCUACGAUUGCAGACUUUCGAGCCCUACGCGCACUAUCACUGCCGGACACUAUGACGUGGCACGACAGCUACACCGAUUUUGACUUGGAAGAUUCGGACAGCGAACUGGAAUGGAAUGGUUUCGCAAGUAGCGAGGACGGAUUCAGUCACAGCUUCAGUGUUGCGUUUAACGAAUGCUCGAUUUCAGGCAACCGAUACUCUACCGAAUCGUUGCCGUCCACUCCGGGAGAGGCAGCCAUUAUACCUCUUCUGCAGUCUCGACCUUUGGACACAACGCUAGGCGUCAAGAUUGCGAAUUCAUUUUUUUGCAAAGACGAAGGAGGUAUUUGUGGCCGGGACCAAGAUGGGCACAAGAAUGGGUGUGUCUACUUUCUAGGUAUCAUCGACAUCCUGCAGCAAUACAACACCCGGAAGAUUGCCGAGACACUUUUCAAAGGCUUGCGGCACAACCGCAAGCACAUCUCAGCGGUCGGACCGGAUUUCUAUGGAGAUAGAUUCAUCGAGUACAUAGAGAAGCACGUAGUUUGA